GUGUGAUCUGGGCGAGUUAAAGCUACAAACAUGGCGGACUACAUGGAUCUCAUUAAGGAGACAAUUGUCAUGUUACUAUCACUUAUAUUCUACUGGCUGAAGGCGAUUGUGUUAACGUUCGUACCCACCAGUCUGCAAGCGAAGAAUAUUUCCGGGGAGACGGUGUUGGUAACUGGAGCUGGAAGUGGAAUUGGCAGAUUGAUGGCAGUACGAUUUGCUGAAUUAGGAUGUCGUUUGAUAUUAUGGGAUAUUGAUUCAAAAGGAAAUGAAGAAACAGCUCGUCAGUGUAAAAGUGUGGGAGCAUCGGCUAGAACCUACACUGUGGACCUAAGUAAGAGGGACGACAUCUACAGAGUAGCUAGUCAGGUGAAACAAGACACCGGUGAUGUGGAUAUCCUAGUAAACAAUGCUGGGAUUGUCACUGGUAAAAAAUUCUAUAUCAUUGUAGCACCUGACAACAUGAUAGCAAAAAACAUUGUAAGUAACACAUUAGAUAGCAAAAUCUAUUUCUGGAUGUGUAAGGCGUUUCUACCUGGGAUGAUGGAGCGUAACCAUGGUCACAUCGUGAACAUUGCCAGUUCCGCGGGACUGCUCGGAGUGAAUGGACUUUGUGAUUAUUGUGCCAGUAAGUUUGGAGCUGUUGGAUUUGAUGAGUCACUCAGGUUUGAAUUGGAAAUGCUUGGAAAAGAUGGUGUACAUACAACAGCUGUCUGUCCUUUCUAUAUCUCCACUGGCAUGUUCGAAGGCUGUAAAACAAGGGUGCCAUGGUUACUGCCGAUUCUUGAGCCAGACUUCGCAGCCAACAGGAUUAUAGAUGCUGUUCUUUGUAACCAGAAAGUCAUCAUACUCCCUCGUUCCUUGUACUUCUUUAUGGGUCUGAAAGGAAUCAUUCCAACAAAAGUGUUGUCCAUUUUGUGUCUGUACUUUGGUGCCUCCAACUCCAUGGAUGAAUUUAAAGGCCGUGUCGUGAAACAGGAGUAAAGAUUUGUGAGAUUGAGACAUUUGAAGUGAAAUCCAGAAAAUCAAGAUGACAGUGAAAAAUAUUGAAGUAGACUCAACAUGUUGACUAGCUCACCAAUAACUGGUCCAAUUGGAAAGAUUAUAACCCAUAGUGGAGGAUAUCCGUGGACAGGAAGUGAUAUCUACAGGUGUUGGCUGGUAUCUGCAGAUGUGACCUGAUAUAUCAAGGUGUUGGUUGAUAUCUCAAGAUGUCAACUGAUAUCUCAAGGUGUCAGCUGAUAUAUCAAGGUGUCGGCUGAUAUCUCAAGGU